AUGAAGUUUCCGUCUCAUUAUGAGAAGUUUCCUGCAGACACAAACCAAUCCCUCACAUUAAAAGCAGUACUUUGUCUCUCUUUCUUUAGGGUCGUUGCCGACUUCCACGUUGAAGUAGGGCACAAGUUUGACGCGAAAGGAAACACCAAAUUAUUGGUUCUUGAUUACACGGUACGGAAGACUCAGGUUAGAUCUCUGUAA